GCCCGGAGCCUGGCGCUGCUGGCGGCGGGCUGCAGUGUCAGGCCGCGCAAGCACGGCCCCCCGGUGACUGGGUGUUGACGGAGGAACCGCCUGCGGGCUCCGGCGCGCCCAUGUGGGCGGGGGCUGCGGCGGAGGUCGCGGAGCCGUGGGCCCGGGUCUCCCGCCUGUGUUUUCGGGAACGAGGGCCGGAGCCCUGCGGCUCGGUCUUCCAAGAGAAGAAAGUGGUGCGGCAGAAAUGACCACUGCUUCUGUACCUCCCUGGUGAAAUCCUGACCCUCUGCUUACAAGGCACCUGUCCCUCAGCAGCUACCACACCAUGACUGCCUGGUCUCACUGGAAAUUCCUUUAUACAGCUGGUCCUGGCAGCCAAGAGGGAACCUAAGAGCAUGCAGUGGACAAAAUGGAGAUUGAAGAUGGCCCUUCAGCUAUGCUAGGUCUAUAAUGGGAAGUGUCACAGUUCGAUAUUUCUGUUAUGGAUGCCUUUUUACAUCUGCAACCUGGACAGUUUUGCUUUUUAUUUAUUUCAACUUCAGUGAAGUGACUCAGCCGCUUAAGAAUGUGCCCAUCAAGGGGUCCGGGCCCCAUGGACCAUUUCCCAAAAAAUUCUAUCCCCGUUUCACUCGAGGCCCAAGUCGAGCGUUAGAAUCACAGUUCAAAGUAAACAGAAUUGAUGAUAUGAUAGAUAAUCAUGUUGAAGAUCCAGAAAAAGGCAACAUGAAAUUCUCUUCUGAAUUGGGUAUGAUUUUUAAUGAACGUGAUCAGGAGUUGAGAGACUUGGGCUAUCAGAAACAUGCCUUCAACAUGCUUAUCAGUAACCGCUUGGGCUACCACAGGGACGUGCCAGACACCAGGAAUGCUGCAUGUAAAGACAAGUCUUACCCUGUGGACCUGCCAGUCGCUAGUGUUGUUAUCUGUUUCUACAACGAAGCCUUGUCUGCCUUGCUCCGUACUGUGCACAGCGUCCUAGACCGCACACCAGCCCAGCUCCUUCAUGAAAUCAUCCUUGUGGACGAUGACAGUGACUUCGAUGAUUUGAAAGGAGAACUAGAGGAAUAUGUCCAAAAAUAUCUCCCUGGAAAAAUUAAAGUAAUAAGAAACCCAAACCGUGAGGGAUUGAUUCGAGGAAGGAUGAUUGGAGCAACCCACGCUACAGGAGAAGUCCUGGUGUUCCUGGACAGCCACUGUGAAGUAAACGUGAUGUGGCUGCAGCCCUUGCUGGCUGCCAUCCAGCAGGACCAGCGGACCGUCGUGUGCCCUGUCAUCGAUAUCAUCAGUGCAGACACGCUCGCCUACAGCUCGUCCCCUGUCGUGCGGGGAGGUUUCAACUGGGGGCUACACUUCAAGUGGGAUCUUGUUCCCCUCUCUGAGCUCGGAGGACCAGCAGGAGCUACUGCACCAAUAAAGUCACCUACAAUGGCUGGAGGGUUGUUUGCCAUGAACAGACACUAUUUCAAUGAACUUGGACAGUAUGACAGUGGCAUGGAUAUCUGGGGAGGAGAAAAUUUAGAAAUAUCAUUUCGGAUUUGGAUGUGUGGAGGUAAACUCUUCAUCAUCCCUUGCUCUAGAGUUGGACACAUUUUCCGAAAAAGGCGACCGUAUGGUUCUCCUGAAGGCCAGGACACCAUGACCCACAACUCCCUGAGGCUGGCACAUGUUUGGUUGGAUGAAUAUAAGGAGCAGUAUUUUUCCUUAAGACCUGAUCUGAGGACCAAAAGCUAUGGAAAUAUCAGUGAGCGUGUUGAAUUGAGGAAGAAGUUGGGUUGUAAAUCAUUUAAAUGGUAUCUGGAUAAUAUUUACCCAGAGAUGCAGAUAUCUGGGCCCAACGCCAAACCCCAGCAACCCAUUUUUAUCAAUAGAGGGCCAAAACGCCCCAAAGUCCUUCAGCGUGGAAGGCUCUAUCACCUCCAGACCAACAAGUGUCUGGUGGCCCAGGGCCGCCCAAGUCAAAAAGGAGGCCUGGUGGUGCUUAAAGCAUGUGACUACAGUGACCCAAGUCAGAUUUGGAUUUAUAAUGAAGAACACGAGUUGGUUUUAAAUAACCUCCUUUGCCUGGAUAUGUCAGAAACUCGCUCGUCAGACCCACCACGACUCAUGAAGUGCCACGGGUCAGGAGGAUCCCAGCAGUGGACCUUCGGGAAGAGUAAUCGGCUGUACCAGGUGUCAGUUGGACAGUGCCUGAGAGUGGUCGAUCCACUGAGUCACAAAGGCUAUGUUGCGAUGGCAAUCUGUGAUGGCUCUUCCUCACAACAGUGGCAUCUGGAAGGUUAAAGUGGACGCUGUGGCUGGCAUGGUAACUCAUCAGUGUUUGCCUCCUCUGUAAGGUGUGAGGCUUGAGAAGUUGCUGGUACAAGAAAAUCCCUGACUGAUAUCCUGAUUAAGUAGAACCAUUUUUGAGAGGAUGAGACAGCAGAUAUACUAGAGACUGGAACACAGAGUGAUCAUCAGAGAGUGAGGGAAUCUGUUCUACCAAGACAUUAACAUCAUUUCUGAGCUGCUAAGGAAUUUCUUGCUUAUGGUGAGAAACUAGAAUACAAUUUUAACUCUAUAAAGGGUCAGGUUUGCACAGAAGGACAAACCCAGGAAAUUGACAUUUCUGUUCAAACUUAUUUAUGCUUUUUAAUCCUUUUAAUAAUGGAAUGGCAUUUGUCUGAUCAGGAACUUGUCAUGAUUUCCUUUUUUAGGAGGACUGCAUAGGAAACAAUUUUUUUUUACUUCUAUUAUCAUGUCCUAAAUAAUUUUAAACAAACUGAAUCCACAUUACUUUUAACUUCAGAAGGCCUCAUUUAUAAGAUUAUAUAUUUAAGAGGCAGUUAACUAUUAUAAAUUAUUUUGAUGAAUUAUAGUACUAUGGACAUUUAAAAUAAAGGGUCCUUUUGAUGACUUACGUGGGACUUUUGGUCUGCUCCUGUUUUGGGGUUUCUGAUCUGUGUUGCGCUGUGUAUAUCAUAUAGUGAGCAGGAUACCUGCGUUCAGCUAAUGAGCCAAUAAGCUAGGUCACAGCACCAUUCCUUAGCUUGAACUUUGUGAAUUUGAUGCUGACAGUCUGUGAAUUUGGAUAGUUUCUACUAAAGCUGCCUAUGAAUCAUCCAGGUAGAAUAGGCAUUUGGUAUAGAGGUCAGGAUCCCAGAACAUAGAUCUCAGAAAUACAAAUUUAGAUUACUCAGUUUCACUGCUGGUAAUUGGUCUGUUCAAAUUUUCUAU